AUGUAUUUGAUCACAACGCUUGCACCAGCUCCUAGUGAACAAGCUCUCAUCAACAAAAUGCUACCUAAGGAACUGAUAUUGCGUAAUUUUUCUUCUUAUUUGGAUAUGAAAACGUUGUGUCGAUGUGCGCAGACAUGCCGUUCGUGGAAUGUGCUCGCACUUGAUGGUUCCAAUUGGCAACGGGUCGAUUUAUUCACAUUUCAAAAGGAUGUCAAGGCAGCCACCGUUGAGAAUCUUGCUCGUCGUUGUGGCGGUUUUCUCAAGAAACUUUCACUCAAAGGA